AUGAAUAUUCGACAGGAACUUGAGAGGAAAUUGGGAAUGGUUAGUUAACAGCCUGUGUCGGGGGAAAAACUCAUUUCGCUAGAGCGCGUUUGCAGCGCUGUUUGUGUACUUCUCUCGGACGAUUUUUUAUUUUUGUUUCUGUGUGUUUUUCACUUUCUUUAUACAAAAAACACAGAAAAAUUGUCCGAGAGAAGUACACAAACAGCGCUGCAAACGCGCUCUAGCGAAAUGGCGAGAAAAGUUUUUCACUGAUUUCGCUAGAGCGCGUUUGCAUCGCUGUUUGUGUACUUCUCUCGGGUGAUUAUUUGUUUUCUGUGUUUUUCUCACUUUCUUGAUUAAAAACACACAAAAAAUUAAAAAUCGUCCGAGAGAAGUACACAAACAGAGCUGCAAACGUGCUCUAGCGAAAUGAGUGAAAAACUUUUCUCGCCAUUUCGCUAGAGCGCGUUUGCAGCGCUGUUUUUGUACUUCUCUCGGACGAUUAUUUAUUUUUCUGUGUUUUUCUCACUUUCUUGAUUAAAAACACACAAAAAAAUUAAAAAUCGUCCGAGAGAAGUACACAAACAGCGCUGCAAACGUAGCUCUAGCGAAAUGAGUGAAAAACUUUUCUCGUCAUUUCGCUAGAGCGCGUUUGCAGCGCUGUUUGUGUACUUCUCUCGACGGUUUUUUGUUUUUUUUUUCUGUGUUUUUCUCAUUUUCUUUAUUAAAAACACACAGAAAAUUAAAAAUCGUCCGAGAGAAGUACACAAACAGAGCUGCAAACGCGCUCUAGCGAAAUCAAAACAAUGAAUUUGUUCAGUUUAUACAGGAAAUUGAUGAGCCCAAAAUUCGACACCUAAUUCUCAUUGAUGAUAUUCAUAAUGUAAGGUUUCACGUUUUUUUUUCAAAAAAAAAUAAAUAAAUUCAAAAUUUCCAGCUUUCCACUGAUCUUUCAAGUUAUACCCAUUUGACGAUAAUUGGAACAAGUCGAAAAAAGAAAAUCAGCUUGUCAAAUCCGCAAUUCAUCGAAAUCCCCUCUCAAGAACCCGAAAAUAUUCAAGAAUUGCUCUCGAAGUUCACAAGUUCCGAAUCGAAGGCAACAAAUAUUCUGCGAUUCGCAAGAGAGCGCCGACGAAAAAGUUUGGGAAGUAUCGAAGAGGGUUCGAAUGAACCAAAUUGGAAUGAUCUGAAGAUAAGGAUCAUUGGAACUAUGGGGAAGUUCGGGAGUUCGGAACAAAAAUGUGGACAAUUGAUUUAUUAUAAGACUUUAAGGUAAUAUAUACAUGAUUUUGAGAUAGGGUAAAAACAGUUAUCCAAGAAUUCCUCCGACUAAACCACCUGGGCGAACUCCUAGGCCAACAUUUCCGUUUCCAUAAACACCUCGACCACCACCGUAUCCUUGUCCACCGUACUGUGCACCACCGUAGGCUUGUUGUUGACCGUAACCUUGUUGCCCGUAGCCCUGUCCACCGUAUCUUUGUCCACCGUAUCCUUGUUGCCCAUAUCGUCCACCAUAGGCCCCACCUUGAACACCGGCAUUUAUCGGACCGGCACCCAAACCAAGUCCAGUAUUCAUACCGAAUUGAGCGGCCACAACACCAAAAAUAGCCAGAAGAGCGAAGAAUUUGAUUGAAGAAGAAGAUGACAUUUUGAUUUCAAUUCUGAUUGUGAUUGUGGGGGGAUUCCCAUUUAUAUAUCAUUUUUUCUCAUGUUGUGACGACAUAUUUUUGGGUGUGGGAGAAGGUCAAACAAGAUCAAGUGACGAUAUCAAUCAGGGGAAAAACUAUUUGUUUGUUUGGCGAUUUUGUUCGAUUUUGUGAUCAAUGAUUAAACUUGGUUAUAAACAGAUUUGGGAGUUUUUACCGUGAAAUUUAUUUUACGGUUUUACGACUUAAAAAAAUAAUUUGAAAAAAAUCCCAAAAUUUAGUGAAUUUUGACAGAAUUUUUUAAAAAUAAUACAGUGAUUCACGUAUUUUUUAAACGUUAUUUAACGUUAAAAACGUUUUUUUUUAUUUCGUGAAUCACUGCAUGGAUAAAAUUUCGAUUAAAUCCUCAUUUUUUUAUGGAUAUGAAGAAUAAUAUGGUUAAAAUUAUUUUUGGAGUUACGAUAAGUUACCAACCAGACCUGGGAAUUUACGUUUACGACUUUCAGAAACGUAAAAUAUCGGUUCCACGUCAAAAUUACCCAGGUCUGUCCCAUAUCCCUUUUUCGUCUCGCGUCUCUUCUGCACACACACGCUAAUUUUCACUCUCUCAUUUUCUCUCACGUGAAAAAAACGUUUUUUUUUAUUUCGUGAAUCACUGCAUGAAUAAAAUUUUGGUCAAAAUUAUGUUGGAGUUACGAUAAGUUACCAACCAGACCUGGGAAUUUACGUUUACGGCUUUCAGAAGCGUAAAAUAUCGGUGCCACGUCAAAAUUACCCGGGUCUGGUCCAUAUCCCUUUUUCGUCUGGUGUCUCUUCUGCACACACAUGCUAAUUUUUACUCUCUCGUUCUCUCUCACGUGAAAAAGCUUUUCCUUAAUUAAAAGAUCUCAUUUUUCCAGUGUUGUUGAAGCGGAUGUUUGCCUUAUGGAAAGUGAUAGUCGAGGACAUCUCCUGAUUGCGGUUUUGUGUUUUUUAACGAUUCAGCAAAAUGGGUUGAAUGAAAUUGAUUUGAGGAGAUUGUUGGCUGAUGAACAUGCGCUGCUUCCGAUGGGAAUCAGGAGGAAUUAUCGGAAUUUACCGUUUGGUGAGCUCUGAGUUUUGUUAUCCAAAAAAUAGCUCACUUUUUGUGUAUUUUCAAGAUUACUGUGCCGAAUGCUAUGGCCAUACAAAUCCCCAAAUUCUACCAAUCCGCUGGUAUUACAUAAUAAAUCGCAUCGGUCAUCUUUUGAUUGCAAUCGACUCAGAUGACAAUCACUUUUUGAUACCUGCCGCCUGCCAACGAAUUAUUCGCAAAAAAUUUCUCACCAAACCCGUGCACCUGGAACACUUUCAAAAAUUGCUGACAUCUUUUUAUUCGACUAAAGAAAAACUAUAA